AUGCGGCCUAUAAUGGAAGAAGGUGAGGAUGUGGAGGAAGAAGAGGAAGAAGUUGAAGACGAACAAGAAGAUGACGCCAAGUUGCAUGAUCAGCUGAAUUCAUUGAGGACAGAGGAGGACGAAGAGGAAAGCCCUGUUCACGAUGACAACGAAAAAUAUUCAGAAAGUUAUUUUGCGUUGAGGAGAGAACAGCAACAGCUGCGAUUCCAAGAACGCGGGGUGCAUAUCAUGCGGCCUAUAAUGGAAGAAGGUGAGGAUGUGGAGGAAGAAGAGGAAGAAGUUGAAGACGAACAAGAAGAUGACGCCAAGUUGCAUGAUCAGCUGAAUUCAUUGAGGACAGAGGAGGACGAAGAGGAAAGCCCUGUUCACGAUGACAACGAAAAAUAUUCAGAAAGUUAUUUUGCGUUGAGGAGAGAACAGCAACAGCUGCGAUUCCAAGAACGCGGGGUGCAUAUCAUGCGGCCUAUAAUGGAAGAAGGUGAGGAUGAGGAGGAAGAAGACGAAAAAGAAGAUGAAGCCAAGUUGCAUGAUCAGCUGAAUUCAUUGAGGACAGAGGAGGACGAAGAGGAAAGCCCUGUUCACGAUGACAACGAUAAAUAUUCAGAAAGUUAUUUUACGUUGAGGGGGGAACAGCAACAGCUGCGAUCCCAAGAACGUGGGGUGCAUAUCAUGAGGCCUAUAAUGGAAGAAGGUGAGGAUGAGGAGGACGAAGAUGAAGUUAAAGACGAACACGAAGAUGAUGCCAAGUUGCAUGAUCAGCUGAAUUCAGUGAGGAGAGUGGAGGUGGAAGAGGAACAACCACCUCACUUUCAGAAUGAGGGGGAUUCAUCGAGGAAUUUGAAGGUGAGGGCGAAUGACCACUCCCUUACAUUCCAACAGACAGAAAUGCCGAUAAUAAUGGAAGACGAACAAGAUGCACAUCCUCAGGAUGAGGUGGAUCCUAUGAAGAUUAAGGCGGACAGCUUGCCUUUGACUAUUACGAAAGAGAUAGUAGGCCAUCAGGCAACCAUGGAGUCUCCUGUCGAGAUGAGGGGAAGACGGGAAAACCUAAUUGCAGCUUCGAAACCUACAGUCGAAAAGAAGAAGGAACUUCCAGUGAAGAAGACGGGGUUGGGUUUGGUGCAACCUCCAAAUCUCAAGGCAAGGACAGCCAAGGCCGUGUCUCAGAGCAGCCCACACAACAGGCCUGGACGGAGUAAUGUGAAGAUAUAUAGCAAGAAGAUGGACUAUAGCAAGGUAAAGGCCAAGGUUGACACCUGGCGGAAGUAG